AAGUCUGAACCAAUUAACGGCAAUAGAAUACGAUAAUAUCAUAUUUCGAAAACUACUUAUAUAUUGCAUUCUAGUUCUUGAUGAUGAACCAACCACUCUCAAAUACAAAUCAAUACCAUCAACUAAUAGAUUGUUUCAGGUUGAUGGAGCCAUCAAAAAAGCAUUUUGAAGCAUCUAGCUCUUUUUUCUUUGUUUAUGUUCAACUAAUUAUAAUCCUUCUCUCAUGCUUUAACUUGCUUGGUUUCACAACAGCAACCCCUGUAGUUAGAGGAAAUGUCACGGAUCAACAAGCUUUAAUCCAGUUCAAAGCCAAGAUAACUAGUGGCGGGCUCAGGAUUAUGGAAUCUUGGAAUAGUUCCAUUCACUUCUGUCAAUGGCAUGGUGUUACAUGCGGUCGCAAGCAUCGGAGAGUCACCAAGUUGGAACUGCAAUUUCUCAAAAUCUCAGGAUCUUUAUCACCAUUCAUUGGGAAUUUGAGCUUUCUCAGAGAGUUGAAUCUUUCGGGAAACAACUUCAAUAAUCAAAUUCCUCAAGAAAUUGGUCGUUUAAAAAGACUCGAAACAUUAGACCUGAACGGUAACUCUAUUAGUGGUGAAAUUCCAUCCAAUUUGUCUGCUUGUUCUAAGCUUACAUUAGUUUAUAUGGAAGACAACCAACUGACAGCAGAAAUACCUGCUUUGCUUGGCCUCUUGUCAAACCUGAAAUUCUUGUUUUUAUACAACAACAGUUUGAGAGGGAGAAUCCCACCUUCGUUGGGGAACUUGUCAUCCUUGGACACACUUUAUUUAACACGGAAUAGAUUAACUGGGACUAUACCUAAAGCUCUUGGACAACUGACAAAUCUCAAGAAUUUCGCCAUUGGUGGAAAUGCAAUCUCUGGUAUUAUUCCUAUCGAAAUGUUCAAUCUUUCUAAUAUUAGAGCCUUUGAUAUUGGUCAAAACAUGAUUCAAGGUACUCUUCCUUCCGACCUAGCAAUCACUUGGCCGUAUGUUGAGUUUUUUUCUGUAUCGGGAAACCAAUUCUCUGGGCAAAUCCCAGUUUCAAUAUCCAAUGCCUCGAAUUUGGAAGUCCUUCAAUCUUAUGGUAACACGCUGGAUGGAAAUGUACCUUCAUUAGAAAAGUUGGAUAAAUUGUUUAGGCUUGAACUAGGAGGAAACCAUUUGGGACAAGGGAGAGAAGGUGACUUGAACUUCGUUUGCACUUUAGUCAACAAUACCAAUCUAGGAAUUCUAUCUAUAGACAAAAAUAAUUUUGGAGGGGAAUUUCCUGAAUGCAUUAGCAAUUUUUCUAGCACCCUUCGGGGUUUAGAUAUUAGCCAGAACAAUAUAUUGGGAAAAAUCCCGGAUGGGAUUGGAAAUCUCAUCAAUUUAGAGGCGCUAGACGUAGCACAAAAUAAACUAUUAGGACCCAUCCCCUUUGAUAUUGGAAGGCUUUGGAAGCUAAAUACAUUUAACGCUAAAAGUAAUUUUCUCUUUGGGACUAUUCCCCAUUCUAUUGGAAAUUUAACAGAGUUAAUCGAACUCUAUUUAGAUUUUAACAAUCUUCAAGGCAAAAUUCCUUCGAGUCUAGGUAAGUGCCAAAAGUUGCUUUUAUUGGGUCUUUCUCAUAAUAAUCUUAGUGGAUCAAUACCCCCUGAAAUACUAGGACUAUCAUCCUUGUCCAUUGUACUAAGCUUUUCGUCAAACUCUUUUACUGGUGAGCUUCCUGUUGAAGUAGAAAAACUGAAAAAUCUAGGUCAACUAGAUGUUUCUCACAACAGGUUAUCUGGUUUGCUUCCAAACAACCUUGGUAGUUGUGUAAGUCUGAUAGCGCUUUAUUUGGAGGGCAAUUUGUUUGAAGGGCCCAUUCCUCCAUAUUUGAGUUCAUUGAGGGGCAUUGAGGCAUUGGAUGUAUCCAACAAUAAUCUUUCAGGUGGUGUUCCAGAAUUUCUUGUAAAGUUCACGGCAUUAAAGUAUUUAAAUCUCUCUUUCAACAAUUUUCAAGGAGUGAUACCAAGUGACGGUGUGUUCAAGAAUGCAAGUGCUAUAUUUGUUGAGGGAAGUAGUAAGCUUUGUGGAGGCAUCCCUGAGUUACACUUGUCAAGAUGUAACUCCAAAACAUCAUCAAAAACUUCCGUUAAAUUGAAAAUUGCAAUUGUUGUUGUGAUUUUAGGAGUGACUUUGGUUUUCACUUGUCUUCUCAUCUUGUGGUUUAGAAAGAAGAAAGAGCAGCAGCCAACGGAAACUUGUGCCAAAAACUCAUUUUUACAGUUAUCGUACCAAAGCAUCCUGAGGGCUACUAAUGGAUUCUCCAUACAAAAUUUGAUCGGUUCGGGAAGUUUUGGUUCUGUAUACAAAGGAAUUCUUGAAGGGACUGAAGCAGCUAUUGCAGUAAAAGUGCUUAAUCUUAUGAAUCGUGGAGCUUCCAGGAGUUUCUUGGCUGAAUGUGAGGCCUUGAAGAAUAUUCGGCAUCGGAAUCUUGUCAAGGUAUUAACAGUCGUUUCAGGUGUCGAUUAUCAAGGCAAUGAUUUUAAGGCAUUGGUUUAUGAGUUAAUGGAAAAUGGAAGCUUGGAGGGUUGGUUGCAACCAUCUGUCAGAAUGAAUGAACCGAUGAUAAUGACAAACCUGAACUUCUUCCAAAGAGUUAAUGUGGCCAUAGAUGUUGCUCACGGGCUUGAAUAUCUGCACCAUCAUUGUGAAACUUCAAUCAUUCAUUGUGAUAUCAAGCCAAGCAAUGUUCUACUCGAUGGGGAAAUGAUUGGCCAUAUAGGUGACUUCGGCUUAGCAAAAAUCCUUUCUACAGACAGACUUAUGUUUGCUGCUAAUCAGUCAACCUCCCUUGGAUUAAGAGGAACUAUUGGCUAUGCUCCACCUGAAUAUGGCAUGGGAAGUGAGUUGUCAACAAAAGGCGAUGUGUAUAGCUAUGGAAUUCUCUUGCUACAGAUGUUUACAGGGAAAAGGCCAACUGAUGAAAUGUUCAAAGAAGGUUUAACUCUUCAUAACUUUGUCAAGGCAGCUAUUUCCGAUCGAGUGAUUGAGAUUACAGAUCCUAUUCUUCUUCAAGAGAGUGUCAGCGGAGGAACAAUCAUAGACAUCACUCUCAAUGAAAAUCGCUUGGGAAAUGACAGACACCUUUGGUGCUUGAAUUCGAUAUUUGAAAUAGGACUCACUUGUUCCACUGAAUCACCAAGUGAACGGAUGGACAUGAGUGAUGUUGUUACCAAGCUUUGUUCUAUUAGAGACAAGCUUCUCCGUUCAACUCGAUUAUAUCGUGGGAUUAGAACUGCAUAUGAUGCUAAACCAACAGGUAAUAACGUCUUCUUAUCAUAGCAAAAUACUCAAUCAUUUCAUCACUUAAAGCACAUUUCGACUACUUCUCUGAUGACAUGAUGUGCUUUAAGUAAAUCCUUGCUUCUUAAGUUGCAGGUAUCUAAGGUAUUGUAUGGAUGACUUGAGAUGCAUAGGUCUGGUAAAGUGCUCGCUGUUCUCUAUUGUUCACAUUUCCACUUGAAGAAAAGAGAAUAAAUAUGGAGUUUUUCCAGUACUAGAUCAUCGUCAAAUCAGACUUAAGUAACAAUGUUGUAAUUCUAUUCUGGAUCUUAUUGUAUCAAUAAUGUUAUUGAACAUGUCAAUCAAUAUCUAAUCAUGGGAAGUUUAUGCUA